AUGGACUUUCCAAUCCCAGAAGCAUAUCGCGACAAGCUAACACCCGUCCAAGUGACGGACGAUCGGACGGAUGCAGAGAUAUUCGCCACUUUUCAAGAGUAUCAGCCGGUAGUGUCCGAGAAGAAUGUCUGGGCCUAUUGGCACGCGGGGGUCGAGAAUAUGCCCAAGUGGUGCCAGAAAAACGCCAUUGACUGGGUGCGUAUCCUCGGGCCGAAGUGGACAGUUCGCGUCUUGAACAACGUGCCUGGCUCCCCAAACAACACUCUUCGAUAUGUUCCAGACAAUCUACUCCCACCGGCAUUCGUGGACCGCUCAAUGGAUGGGCCGUACCUCGGCCAACAUGGUGCGGACUUGACUCGCUCGGCCUGCCUGUAUGAGCACGGCGGGGCAUGGAUGGAUGUGGGAAGCAUACUGAUUCGACACCUUGAUCGUGUCUGCUGGGAUCAGCUCGAAGAUCCAAAUACCCCAUACCAGGUGGCCCUACCGAUAAUCUAUGGGCUUGUCCCAGCGAACCAUUUUGUGGCUGCACGCAAGCGUGACCCUUUCAUCUAUCAAUGGCAUCGCCUUUUCACUCAUGUCUGGGGUAGCAAGAAGAAUGUCAAGGGUUGCGCGGCGGAUCCCUUGAUCGCACCUAUACUGCCGAUCAUGUUCCAGGACGAGAGCUCCAAGUUCGACCCCGACUGGAUCGAUAUCACCCAAGCGCUCGAGUAUAUCACUCAAAUUAUCUGUUGGACCCGUCUCUUUUGCUUGGAAGAGGCCGACGAGGGGUUCACGGGCUUAGAUUACUGGCAGAACCACAUCUUCGCGUUUAGCUGUAUGGAGGAGGAUUGGCGUGGAGAGAAUGUCACCAGCUUUGUGGGAUUUGGCCAUCGUGCCUUCGACGCAUUACAGCUGCCACACUCAGGACCAAACGUCGAUCAGUCAUCGGAGAAGUUCCAGGAGGCCGAGAAGAUGAUUUGGGAGCUUCUCGCCAAUGCCAGCAUGUGGAAAAUCGGACAUGCGCAUGGCUUGACGCACUCCGUUUUUCUGGGCAGUCUACUCGACGAGCCCGAAAAUGAAGGCAAGGACGCGCAGCCGGGCACUUUUGGUGAGUUGUUUCGCCAAGGGACGGUUCAUCUUCGCCAGACGCGAGCAGAUGUGGUGAGGAUGCCGACUCCACGGCCGAACACCACGUUGAAGAAAGGGGUUCUAGAGCCGUGA